AUGACAUGCAGAGGGCACAAUGUUUUUUUCUAUUGUAGUGAAGGAAGUGAAUUUAUGUUAUACUCUUCCAUACAGAUUGUAUCAGUUUCAAAACCAUCAAGAGAGUGUUGUGUUUGGAAUGUGAAAGAUGGCAAGAAAUUCAUUCAAGUGGCAUUGCAGACCAAUGGAGUAAAGUACAAGUGUUUCCGAGCCAGGUAUGGCACCGUAGAAGGAGAUCCUGCGAAGACUCGUCUCUUUACUAUUAGUAACCCAGUAACUGGAACAAAAAAUCCAUCCAUUGUGUCAAAGUGGUGCGGGAAGAGCUACACUCAGGAAAAAACUCAGAAUCUUACAGGUUCAUUGAGUAGUUUGGCACUUAGUGAUGAUGGUCGCUUUUUGGCAACUGGAACAAUGGGGGGAACAGUCUACAUACUGGUAGCAUUUAGUCUUCAGAAACUGCAAACAAUAGAAGAAGCACAUAGCAUGUUUGUGACCGGACUGGAAUGGCUACCAACUAAUGAUGCUGAAUCCCAAAUGAUCCGGGGUUACACAGAUGCUUCAGUACUCUCCAUUUCUUGUGAUAAUUCCUUGAAGAUCCACCACAUCCCUAAACCUGGUAUGGUGCCAGUUUGGAUUGUUGCUGUUCUCGCUGCCAUUGUUCUCUUUUGCGCUUUUCUGUUUGCAAGUUUUCUAGGUCUCUGAAUAAAAUUAAUAACUAACCUUUCCUUUUGAUAUGGUGAUAGAUGUUGUCUAAGUAAUUGAUUCAGAAAGUAAGAAAACAUGAUAUGGAGACAAAAAAACAACAACUAUUUAUAUAAAAUUUUAGUCGUUCUCUUUACUAAUUUUAUUUAGCAUUAUAUAUGAAGAGUUCCUGGUAAUUAUUAAAGGUUCCCUUUUUAUUUAGUACUAGUAUUACCAAGUUGCCCAUUAGUUUGCAUGAAAAGAAUAAUUAAAUACUUUAAUGUUGUAUUUGUUUUUUAUUAAAAAAAAAUGUGUCAUUACUAAUUUAACUGAUGCAGUUAAAUGUUUAUUUUUAUAUGUUGGAUUUUAUGUAUUAAAUCUUUUUAAAAUAAAGUUUAGUGGAUAUAGACCUCAGAUAUGCCUGUUUAACAGUGGUAUUUUAUUAUUAAUUUUACCAAUUGUAAUAUGUUUUUUUUUCUUUCUUUUUUUCCAAUAAGUUUAUAGUAUGCAAUUCCCAAAGGUUGUAUAGGUCAUAGGAGGGAGUACCCAUUUUCCAGCUUUUUUUAUACAACUUAUUAUUGAAAUUGGUGUUUAAAUGUUUUGUAAAUAAUUUAAAGAAAUGUGAUAUUUACACUAUAUGAAAACAGAAAGAAUUGUUAUAGUUGCAGAAUAUCAUGUCAUAGAAGUUAUACAGAAUGUGCUACACAUCAUGAAUGAAAAGAAGUCUCCUUGCAUGUGAUUAUUUUGAGGUCUUAGGCAUUUAUAAGGCAUCUGGGAUGAGCUGGAUGAAUAGUAUAAAAAGGGUAUGUUCUUUUGAGAAACACAUAAGAUCAUCUGUGUAGAAUAAAACCACGUAUUUAAAUAUAGUAUUUAAGUGAGCAUAUAUAUAUAUAUAUACAAAUAUGAA